AAAACCACCAAGGGGUGCUCUCUACCCCACCGAAAGAACCAAACCACGUUCUUUCUCGGCGAGAGAUCGGGCCAGGUCAAGCUCUCACUCAAAGCCCAUGCUAUUGCCUCUGCAGAUUCGUUACGAUAGUCGGCACAGAAGGAGCGCCCAGCCGACACCGUUUUGUUGAAGUCGUUGGUCGGUAGGCACCGUUUUCCUCCUCACCUGAAUCAUCAGCAGCAGCAGCAGCCGUCAGGGCGAGUAUGUAGAAGCAGCAGCAGUGGGGCAGCAUACCUCCACUUUUCGGCUCGCCAACUUAUCGGACAUCCAGGGGAAAUGUCAUUCGGACUCGCCUCAGGAUAGAUGAGCACGACUGGGGAGAACCUUUGAGACGCCUCGAAAGGAGUUUACGUACGGGAAACGCGGGAGACGCGGGAGACGCGUGAGACGCGGGAGACGCGCGAGACGCGGGAGACGCUAAUAGCGCAGUGCGAUCGAGAACUUGACCAGCGCUAGAAGAGGAUUGAGCUUCUUGUAAGAAUUCUCAGAAGUCUCGCAUAUAGUCGCGGGCGAUGCGAUGUCGUCGCAGACCAGCAGAGAAGGUCGUCGUGCGACAAGUACAGGGUGUGCGGGGCAGGGGCGAUUGCAGGGCGACUGCCGUGCGACAAUGACAGACUUGCAUACCUCCCAUCAAAGACUUUCUCCAAGUUCUGAGUCGAUUGUUGAGUCGACUCAAAAGUCUUCUCCAAGCCAUAAGAUAAAAUCCUACCGCCAAUCUUCCAGUCUAACCUACCGCCUGCGGCCCCUAAGACCGCGCUCUCCCGCCGCUGACCGCCUCUCUCUCCGCCCGUCCCUCCACCUGUCCCUCCGCGUGUCUCUCCGCUUCGCGCUUGCUCUUCUAGCGCUUCUUGAGCGGGCGCUUCCCGCUUCCUCCGCGCGCUCGCUUGAGGCGACGCAAAACUCGCCCCCCGCGCAAUCCGCGCACUCCCUUAAGGCCACUGAAGGCGCGACCCCCGCGCGUCCCGCGAGCUCGCUUCCGCCGCCGCUGCGCAAAGUCCUGGGCGCAUUCCGCCGAUGCCAGCCGUCCAGCCUCCCCGGUUAUACCACUUCCAAAUCGCUCUAUGGCGGUCUGACUCUCCAUUGGGCGGCUGCAUCUGGCUCCACGCUUCGAGUCGCGCUACAGGCGAAGGCGGGAACCGCCUCCGCUAAGAGCUGGUUCGCUAUAGGCUGGACGCCCGACGGUCAAAUGAGCGGAUCCGACGCCGUUGUGCGAAUCCCGAGCAGUGACACCCCGGGGAGGUAUUUUCUGGACGGGUACUCGAACGUCCGCGCGACAACGAGCUUCGCUAUAAGUUCGGCUUCGAUAGAGAGUACAAGCUCAGUAGGCACUGUAAUGAAAUUUUCAAGAUCCUCUGGCGACGGGGGGAAUGUUCAGGUGAAACCUCAGGGGCGGUCUCAGGUGGUGUGGGCGUAUGGGGCGGAUGCAUGGUCGAAAACAGCCCAGCAUGAUGCCAGACGGACCCUUUCAGUGGAUUUUUCCUGCAAUGGUUGCUGGGUGCUCUUUUUCAAGGUCUGCUGAGCUGACGGCACAGUAAUAACGCUGAUCACACAUGGCAUCCUCCACUGCAAAGGAACAAAUUUAUUGAUAAUGCUGUAACACACCGCGCAGCAACAUUGUUGCUUAUACAUACAAGUUACGGCUGUUCUUCACAU